CAAGAUCACCAUCACUAUCAAGCUCUAGUAGCUCAGAAGCUACUAGUAGUGAAGAUGAAAAAGAAGAGGUAGAUCAGUUAGUAAGAGAAAAGGUAGAUCAGGCAGUAAAGAUAGUAGUAAGUCAGUUAGUAGGAGCACAAGUAGAAGCACUAGCAGAUGUACUAAAAGUAUUGACCAAUAAGCAGAAGUCUUACUUACAAGUAAAUAUUAUUUAUCUCAUAUUUGUGAGUUC